CUCGAAUAUGCCAUCAUGGAAUACAGACAAGUAUCGUGGAAUUAUGAAGGUUAUGAUUGCUCUUUCCUAACAGAUCACCCCCUCUCUGCCAUGGCUUCGGGCAUCAAGCCGCAAGUGGAGCAGGGUGAUUCAGACCUCGUCGUGGAGGACGACAAAAUGUAUCGCAACCCUACAGAGGUGAAGAUGAGCCAGAUCGUGCUCCCCUGCCAUGCCAAUCACCGCAAAGAACUGAGCGUAGGGCAGCUGCUUAAAUGGAUGGACUGCACGGCCUGCCUCUCUGCUGAAAGACAUGCCGGGUGUUCCUGUGUAACAGCCUCAAUGGAUGACAUUCAUUUUGAGCGCACCAUUGGUGUUGGACAGGUGGUUAACAUUAAGGCAAAAGUUAACAGGGCUUUCAACUCAAGUAUGGAGGUGGGAAUAGAAGUCAGCUGUGAGGACCUUUACAGUAACCAGCAAUGGAAGGUGUGUCAUGCCUUCGCCACAUUCGUGGCCAGAAGCACCAGAGCAGAAAAGAUCUGUCUGAAGCCCCUGGUGCCGUGCACCCACAAGGAGCAGUUGGAGUACAGCAUGGCAGCAGAGAGGAGGAGGAUGAGGCUGCUCCACAUCGACAUCAUGAAGGACCUGCUGAGUAACAAGACUUUCCAGUGGAGCCCCAGUGAGGAGGGUCAAAAUGAGCAGCUGACCGUUCCGACUGAGAAAACACGGGUGGAGAGUGUGGAGCUGGUUCUCCCCCCUCAUGCCAACCACCAGGUCAAUACGUUUGGGGGCCAGAUCAUGGCCUGGAUGGAGAAUGUCGCCACCAUCGCAGCCAGCCGUUUAUGCAAUGCCCAUCCCACUUUGAGAACCAUAGAUAUGUUCCACUUCAGAGGCCCCUCCCAGGUUGGAGACCGCUUGGUCCUCAAAGCCAUUGUCAACAAUACCUUCAAGAACAGCAUGGAGGUAGGUGUGUGUGCGGAGGCGUAUCAGGGGGAGGAGUCACAGAGACACAUUAAUAGUGCCUUUAUGAUGUUUGAGGUGCUGGAUGAGGAUGGCAAGCCAUGCCCACUGCCCCCAAUACGCCCUGAACCCUUGGAUGGAAGCAGGAGAUACCAAGAGGCUAUUGCCAGGAAGAAGAUUCGACUGGAUAGAAAGUACAUCAUCUCCUGUAAACAAACUGAAGUGCCCUUAUCAGUCCCCUGGGACCAGAGUAACCAGGUGUAUCUCAGCUACAAUAAUGUAUUUGCACUUAAGAUGUUGGCAGCCAGAACAAAAUGGACCCUCAGCUCUGAAAAGAACAACGUAAGGCUGUAUACUUUAGAGGAGAAUCAGACCCUUUGUUUCAGGAUCGAGUCUGAGGUGAAUGUUCCGGCAGCGAGAGCGUUCCUUUUGCUCUCCGACCUAUGCUGCAGGCCAGAAUGGGACAAGCUGUAUAAGCAGUGUGAACUGAUAAUUCAGGUCAACGACGAUGAUUUCAUCUAUCAUGUCCUUACUCCUUCUGUCAGCGAGGGGGGAAAAGUUCAGGACUUCAUCCUGCUGGCCUCCAGGAGACCACCGUGUAAUAGUGGGGACCCGUAUGUUAUUGCAUUACGGUCAGUCACCCUUCCCACACAUCCCCCAACAGAGGACUUCAACAGAGGCGAGAUGCUCUGUGCUGGAUUUAUCAUUUAUGAGGUGUCCAAAAGUGUUUCUAAGAUCUCCUACUACAACCAGACCAAUCCAGGGGUGUUGCCAUACAUUUCUACAGACAUUGCAGGACUGUCCUCCAGUUUCUGUUACACCUUCCAUUCCUGCAGCCAGUACCUGCUGGAGAACAGAACCAGACAUUCUGUGUUGUCUGACACUGAAAUAUAAUUUCCUGUCACUGCCUUACACACUGUUUACUAAAAGGUUUUAUAAAACAGUACAAUGUAUUGUCUACAAAGACAUCAAUGGCAGUGUGAUUUUAGAUAUUUUUACAACCAUGUCAUUUUGGAGAAUAUGGGGGGAAAUGACUAUUUUGUUGUACUUUUGACACUAUAGUUAUAGCAGUGAAUUUAAAUGAUUGUCAGCAGUUUACAUAUCACUUUCUAUUUUCAAUUAUCACAUUUUAUUUUCUAUU